AUGUUUAUAGGACAUAACCGACGACUCUUUCUCGUUUAUGCCUCCUUGGCUAGUAUUUGGGUCUUUCUAUUCCAACUCUGCAGACUCUACACGUUCUCCGAUCCUUCUUCCUUCUUUUACGACUCGCACCGAGCUUACAAGACGCGAUACACGAAUAUUCGAGAGCACCAAGCUGAUGAACUACUCGACCUUGCCGAGCACUUCCCUGUAGAAGAGCUAGCGGCCCUUCCUUUGAUCAACAACAACUCGAAUACGAUACCUACAGCCUCAGAGAAGCGAAUUUGUGUCGGUAUACCGAGCGUCAAGCGAGAACGGGAGCAGUUUCUCCCCAGAGCGGUUGCUUCGCUUGUCCAAGGUCUCAGCCUUGAACAAAGACAGGCGAUACACAUCGUCGUCUUGCUGGCAGAUGAUGACCCAACAUCACAUCCAGCCUUUGGGCAGCGAUGGCUUGACCGUCUGGCGGAUGAGGUGCUGUUCUACGGUAACUCUUCAAUAACCGAUGCUCCCAAGAGAUACCGUAAUGUGCCGUUGGAUAAUAGCCAUGGGCUCUCCCGAAACGACCGAGUCCACCGCGAUUACGCCUCAUUGAUCACAGCUUGCCAGGAACGAGGAGCACAGUACUUUGCUUUGGUGGAGGAUGAUAUAAUCGCUGCGCACAACUGGCUUGGACGUUUAUCUACCGCAUUAGAUAAACUCGAACGGACCGAAGACCCAAGGAACUGGUUGUACCUGCGACUGUUCUACUCCGAGACGUACAUGGGUUGGAACUCGGAGGAAUGGCCGACCUAUCUUGUCAACUCAGUAUCGGCAUACUGUAUCGUCUUAGUCCUCUAUCUCUUGGUAGUGGCGAUGGACGCACGACGAAGAUCUCAGACCUUUCACCUGAUGUCUACCAUCUGGAUCCUGCCGCAUUUAACUUUCUGGACCGCAUCUUUCAUCCUCUUGUACUUCCUCGCUGGUCGUCUUGUAGUCAAUCCAUAUCCAGCAGGAGUUCAUGAGAUGCCAAACUACGGGUGUUGUGCACAAGGACUGGUGAUCCCUCGGCAACAUCUUGACGCGCUCGGCGCUGCCUUGGGGACAGCGUCUGAUGCUAUUGCUGGCGACUCACUCAUAGAGAUCUUCGCUGACAGUCAUCACCUGAAGAAGUAUGCUAUCACACCAAGUGUACUGCAGCAUGUUGGGAGAAGAGGGUCGUCGGAUGUUGGAGGGAGUCGGAAGGUCACAUGGAACUUCAGCUUUGAGAAGACCGAUAUCAGACAACGUCGGUAG